AGUGAGCUGCAGCUGACUGAGUUUGACGGCUAAGACCGUUCAAGGUCCAUAUCGCAGUCACUGCAUUGCAAUUGUACGGAUUUCACCGGAAAACAAUUUUCAGAUUUUAUUAAAGUUAGUAAAGUUUCAUUACAUUGGUAAAUACAAGUAGAUAGUUGUGGGAAAAUGCAUAAACACGUAUCUAGAUCCUGCCAGCGGGUCAGAUGGAACGAGACUCAUGUCCUACAGAUCUUGCAGUACAUCAAGCAGUCUUACGUGGGCACUCUACAUCAACCAUCGAGUAUGGUGUCCAACCUGUAUCGGUCGUUGCGUUCAGAUCCAGUUCUAUCGGUAUACAGUCAAAUGUGUUUGAAAAUGAAACUGUUUCAAAUAAAACGGGCGAUAAGACGAUAUUUGAGCGGUGCACCGUCUGGGAUGAUCACAAAACGUAUCUAUUUUGAUUUGGCUCUGGAGAUCUACGGUAAAGGACAGAAAGUUAACUGUCAACGGAAUAUGGUAGUUGAAAAAAAUCUGAAGCAUUCUAAACAAUCAAAGGUCCGAGAGAAUGGGUUAUGUCGCUGCUGCCGGUCUCCACAAAUAGUAGGUGGAGUAGAUUUGUUUGAUGAUUGUUACGAGGGUCAAAAUUAUGCUGCGAUCCUGAUGAGCUUAUUAUUUCUGGAGCUUCCUAAACUGGACAACGUUAGUACAAAAGUUUGUGCUAGAUGCGCUAAGUUUAUAGAAAACAUUAAGGUGUUUAGUCAUCAGUGUCAAGAAUCGAACGAAAUGUUUCGAUCAAGGUUUACGGUAAUGGAAUCUGCUGCUGAUGGGAAAGCAUCAAAUUCUAUGGAAGAUGAUUUUGUUCCACAAAUAGAAACCGAUUCAGAAUCAGAAACAGAAGAAAGUAUUUGCGUUGAAUCAAAAGAAACAAUUUUAGACAGCAAUGAUUUCAAAACAGAACCUGAUGAUCCAAAUAUGGAUUCCAAUUCAUUGGCAGAUACUACUGAAACCAACGUGAAAAGUCAGAAUUUUGAUUGUGAAAAUGAUGACCAUGUUGAAUCUGAAGAUGAACAAGUUCCUUGUUCUAAUAAAGCCAACAAUUCAGAAAUCAGAAAAGGACGAUCGGGUCGUGGACCAAGCUGGAAUGAAUCACAUUUGAACACGUUCCUUUUAAUCGCUAAAAAUUAUAUGGGACCCAAUGGGAAAUUCAACUAUUCUGAAUUACAGAAAGCUCUAGCAGAAAUACCAGAACUAUCACAUUAUUCAACGUCCGCUGUAAAGUCAAAAUUGUUUGCAAUAAAACAAAGAGUUCAUGAACCAGGAAUGCCAAAGAUAAAAGAUAGAAUUUUCACUAGAGCCGCUUUAAGUUUGUUUGGUAACGCAAAUGAAGAUUCUGAACCUGAAUUUGAGGAUAGUAUUUGUUUUGAAUCAAAAGAUACGAUUUUUGAUAGCAAUGAUUUCAAAACAGAUCCUGAUGAUCAAAAUAUGGAUUCUACUUCAUUGGCAGAUACUAUUAAAACUAAUGUGAAAGAUCAGAGUUUGGUUUAUUUGGACUUGAACUGUGAAAAUGGUGACCAUGGUGAAUCUGAAGAUGAACAAGUUCCUUGUUCUAAUAAAGCCAACAAUUCAGAAAUCAGAAAAAGACGAUCGGGUCGUGGACCAAGCUGGAAUGAAUCACAUUUGAACACAUUCCUCUUAAUCGCUAAAAAUUAUAUGGGACCCAAUGGGAAAUUCAACUAUUCUGAAUUACAGAAAGCACUAGCAAAAAUACCAGAACUAUCGCACUAUUCGCCGUCUGCCGUAAAGUCAAAAUUGUUUGCAAUAAAACAAAGAGUUCAAGAACCAGGAAUGCCAAAAAUAAAAGAUAAAAUUUUCAUUAAUGCCGCUUUAAGUUUAUUUGCUCAUGCAAAUGAAGAUGAUGCUGAGGCAAAUGAGGAUGAAAUGGAAGAUAAACUCGCUGAAGUACAAGAACCUGUCUUUUUAGAGGUCCCAUGUAAAAAUGAGGAUGUGUAUGAAACUGAAUAUGAAACUGAUAUACAACGUCCAAAACAUUCUUCAAAUCACAAGAGAGGUCCAGCUUAUCCUCCGGCGACGGUAAAAAAGCUACUAACAUUAGCAAUAAACUUUCAACAUCCAGAUGGUUUUGUUAAUUAUUAUCGUUUGCAUGCUGCACUUCGAUGUACCAAUCUACAGCAUCUAUCACUACCAGGAAUAAAAUCAAAAUUGUAUGCUAUUAAACGUGAAGUACUUCAACCUGGUAUGCCUAAAAUAAUUCAUCAAGUUUACGCAGAUGCAGCAAUCAAAUUGUUUGGAAGCAAAAAAACAAAAUCUGAUAAUUCUUCCUAAUUGUCAGGAAGAAUAUGUAUAAAAUGGUACAAGAGUAUCACCAAGCUGAAGGAAAUGCAUACUUAUUUUGCAUUGCAAUCGGUUGAUUUUGUUUUUUUGAAUGCGAUUACGUUGAUAAUGAUUUAAUUUUGGUGCUAUGAAGGCAAAUCACCAUGGUUCGAAGAAGUGAUCCGCCGUAAUGCGGAAUAAGGCUGAUAGUAACUAAGUCCACGUUUCAUUAAUGUUAAUUUUAAUUAAUAAUAAAGUUUCUCGUAUUAAAGAGCGAAA